AUGCCGUUGGCCAGCCUCGUCCGUGCUGCGCCUUCGCUGUGUGAACUGGAUUGGACGUAUAACCGUCUGGGCGAUACUGGAAUUCGGAUACUAGCGGAGCACCGCCUGCGCUUCUGCACCAGCCUCGAAGUGCAUAUUCUCAAUGACAGCCGCGUCUCUUCUGCCGGCGCGGAGGCCCACCUCGAUGCUCUUGCCGCUGCCGAUGAAGGGGCAGAUGACGAGGAAGAGUUAGGUUAUUAUGAGGGACAACACCCGGAGAAUACGAGCAUAGUUAUGCAAGGUUAUACGCAGGAUCAGGACGCGCAAGAAGUGCUCGGACCGGAAGGCAGGGCUGCCAUAUAA